UUAGAUUUAAGAUAAUGGAAGAAGAUAUUGGUAAAAAAAUUAAUAAUUUCGAAAAAAUACUAAAAACUUAUUGUGUUUCAAAAUCAUUGUUGUACAGGGACAAAAUAAAUGAAAAAGAGUCCCAAGGUCUGAGGUCCGAAGAUGUAAUUAAAAAUAUUUCUAAGCAAAUUAAAGCCUUAAAUUACAGUGAAACACUUAGCAAAACCGUUAACAAUAAACUAAAAACCUACAAGGAGUCUAGAUUAACAUCCAUCAAUAGUAUGUUUUCCUUGGAAUUGGAACCACAACAAAAUCAUCCAGUGGCUAGUAACUUUGAAAAUCAAUGGGGAUUUGACACACAACUUAUAGUAGCAACUAAGGAUGCUGAAGCCUUAAAGGAAUUGCACACUGGUGUAACUCAAGAAUUUGAGACUUCUUUUGAUCAAAAACCUGAAAUUAUUUACAGUCAGGGUAAAGUAAAUAUUGAUAAUAAAAGUUGUAGUAAAAGUAAGUUAAAAAUUAAUAUUUCAUCACCACACCAAAUACUUCAAGACACUGUUUUAAACAACUGCAAUUUGUCGCAUUUGGGGAAUGAAGAGAGUAACAAUGACAAUGCAAUUGAUGAUUGUAAUUUGCAAGACCUUGUAUUGGAAUGUGAUACUAUUUCUUCAAGUCCAAUUUUAUUUUCUAAAAAUGAAAAAGAAUGUCACAAUACUUCUAUCUUAUUGGAGUCUUUUGAGAAGUUUGAGGCUAUUGCUGCACCCAUAGUUUAUGAGAACUCUGAUGUAGAAGCAGUGAAAAAAAUUAUCAACUUAAAACUUUUACAUAACAACCAAGCUCAAGUGACAUCUGAAGAAAUACAAUAUGAAGACAAACAUUAUGAAACUGCAUCCAUCCAUCUUAGUCCGAUUUUAAAGUUAAAAACUGACCAAGAAGUAAUAAUGAGCCACAUAAAUUGUCAUUUAUCAAAUAAAGGUGACUUUCUUGAUGAAGAUAUUAUAUUUAGCAGUGAUGAAAAAACUGAAAAUGAUUACAAUGAAGUAGAAGAAUUGCCAUUGACUUGCGCUUUGCAGACAUCAUUUUACGAGCAAGAAUCUGACUUAGACAAAACUAUUUAUGUAGGAUUCCAAACAGCAAGCAAUAAAUCGAUACAGGUCUUAACCAACUCAUUUACAAAAGCCAAGAGUAUUCUGAAUGAUUGUUAUAAAAUCAGUAAACCAAUUCAAUCCUUAAGCUUAUCAGAACUAGUUGAAGUAUAUGAUAGCGCAACAAUAGAGAAAAAAGGAGAUUAUAAGUCUCAAAAAACAAGUUUUGAUACAGGAUGUGGAACUAAAGAAAAUGUUUUUAACAGUUCAUUUCAUAAUAAUGACAAAGAACAUAAACCACUUAAAUUUAGUAAUUUUGACGAUAGUGUACUUCUUAAAACAAAUAAAGCAGUUAUUUGUACUCAAGAACAGAUUAAGAUAGAUGAUUACAUGAUGCAGGAGUUUGAAGAGAACAUGUGUAUAAAUGACAAUAAACUUCAUACUAAUUCAGAUGUAUCUAAACAUCCUGUAAUAUUUAACAGGGCUGAAGAAUAUAUGUUAAAUGACAAUACUAAUGCACAUUCAGAUUAUUGCAGUAUUCCAAUUUCCACUUCUAAUAAUGAACAAAACAAAACGAGCUUAGAAGAAAAAUUAAUCGAGAACUCGGGCAUGGACGAUGGAACCAUGUAUCAGAAUAAUUACGAAAGAGAUAAAAUGAAUAAAAAUGAGAACGUAAAAAAUGAACUGCUUACAGGAUUCAAAACUGCUUCAAACAAAUGUAUAAAUAUUUCUAAGGCAUCUUUACUAAAGUCUAAAGAAAUAUUAGAAGAAGUCAAUAUUGAAAGUAAUCUUACAACCGCUAACCUUCAUAGUAAAAUGGUGAAAAAUAAAAAAUUUCAGGGAUUUAGCACAGCUUCUUCAAAACCGAUAAAAAUUUCAGAUAAAGCUUAUGUAGAAUCAGAUAAAAUAUUUCAAAGUAACAAAUUCCCGCUUGUUAUGAAUGAAAAUCAGAAUUACAACAAUAAAGAAACUACAGAAAACACUCAAAAUAACAGGCAAAUAUUUGAGAUAGAACACAGUAAAAUUGACACUCAUUCUGGAUUUAAAACUGCAUCUAAUAAUUCUGUUCAUGUUUCAAAAGAUGCUUUAUUAAUAGCAAAAAAGUUUUUACAAGAAUUCAAUUUUGAUAAUUAUAUCGUUAUUAAUAACAAGAAAGAAUUAGUUUCAGAAAAAGAGACUUUGAGAUUAAUUAAAGAAGGAUCUUAUACUGAUUCCAAUAACCCUACUAGUGUUUCAGAAGAAGAUUUUGAUAACACGAAAAACAAUUUAGAAGAAUUUCGCCUGAAAAAAAAUAAAGAAAAAAAUGAUAAAGUUGGAACUGCUUAA